UUUAAAAAGGAGGAGGGAUCGCUUGUCAGGAAUGUCUCAGAACUGUGAAAAGAGCGUGUGGAGCUGAGAGUGGAUGUAGUGGGUCAGGCUGAAAGCUGAAUGAGAGAGUGUGUGAGCUGAUGUUUUACACCCGACUAACGGAAAGGCCACUGCUGGAAGGUGUCUGCUUUCAAACAUCUGCUUAUUGAUUUGGAAAGGUGGACUUUGAGGCGUUGAUGUGCACAUGCUGAAGUGGAUAUUUCCCUCGUUGACUUGCACCAGACCCAAAAAGCUGCAUCUCUGAGGACACGUACUCUGUGCUGUGUGCUCUUCAGCAUGGAUCAGCCAGCUAGUAGUUGCAUGCGGAGCCCUCACAUGGGCAGUGCUCUCUGGGGCUGUGUCAGGAGCCCCCAUUCAGGAGGGUCCGGAGCCGGGCUGCAGCCCUACCAGCAGGCCCCAUUUGCCCUGCACCAAAAGCAUGAUUUCCUGGCCUACACAGACUUCUCCAGCUCCUGCCUGGUGCCGGCACCGCACGCUUACCCUCGCGAGGACAGACUGUAUCCUGAGGCACACAGCGGGUACCAGAGGACGGAGUGGCAGUUCUCUCCUUGUGAACCCAGAGGCAGAGGUCAGGAGCCAUGCCAGGGGGCAGCAGAAGCGGUGGGAUCUGACUUGGACAGUGCAGGGGGAGACAGGCUGCCUGGAGCAGUCACAGCAUGUCUAGAGAGCGAAUACUCACCUCAAAGUGUGCCAGCGGUUGACACAGAGAAAAAAAGCUCCAAGCGGAAAAGAGAAAUCACAGAUAUUCAGGACUCAAGCUUCAAAGCAGACUCAAACUGCAAGGCUAGAAAAGAACGGACUGCCUUUACCAAGGAGCAACUCCGGGAGCUGGAAGCGGAGUUCACCCACCACAACUACUUGACCCGCCUGCGCCGCUACGAGAUCGCUGUCAACCUUGACCUCACUGAGAGACAGGUGAAAGUGUGGUUUCAAAACAGACGGAUGAAGUGGAAGAGAGUGAAAGGAGGACAGCCUACAUCUCCUCACGACCUUGAAGCAGAUGAGAUGGACUCCGCCGCGUCGCCCAGCUCAGAGUAAAACUCAGACCUAGACAUUUGCUCAUAUUUACAGUCACCCAAAUUACCCUGGCCAUACACACAAUGUCCAAUUUUUCACUAGUCCUUCCACGUAUCCUGUUACACUGCUUCAUGGACAAAAGCAUCCGUGCUUCCUGUUGCUCUUUUCGCUCAGAUGAAUAAUUAUCAACAGAGCUUCAACGCCUUGGAAGCACCAUCCACUUUCAGUCCACAUGUUUCACUUUCAUUCAUAAACACAUCAAGUGAAAUCAGAGGCCUAUAAAAACCCAAUUACUCACAUGUAAAAACAAUUUAUAUCAACUGUUCAUGCCCUGGUUUAAUAGCUUUGACCUCCAGCAUGACGGCAUGAUGUAGGUCUUUCACACUGUGGUGAUGGUGCCUGAAGCCUGAUCAGAACCACCUGUGAAGGUCCACAGAAAGACUAGACGGUCUCUGGAUCACGUCAAACCACCAAAGCAUUGAUGUCACAUCUUUAUUUUUACCCUAAAUUGUGUUGUCAGGUUGCUCUUAGAAUGAACCAUUUCCCUUGUUGAACUUUUUUCUGUACCUCUCUUUUUAUAUGAAAUGAAUAAAACAGAUGUUGCAUAAAAAUGAGAAAAAAAAUAAUAAAUAAUUUGAAAACUGAGGAAAAAAAA